AUUUUAGUUAAAACUGAAAGUUGAAAGAUUAUUACAGUUUUUAAUUUGAAGCUUAACUAAAACCGGAAUUUGGGAAAAAAAUAUUAUACUGAUUUUUGAAGUUCAGUCGGGACAGCAGUUUAGACUAACUCCGUCUGAUUCAACUAUAAACCAGACAAUCAGAUAUGACAUGAGUUAGAGUGUGCCAGUAACCAAAGCAUUUAACUAACAGCCUAACACAAUCAUCCGCCUAGAACUCUGUAUAAAUUCGGUUGCAUCUCAUCAAAACCUUAUCAAUUUUCGCCAACUUGAUCACAUGUAUGUUCUUGACCAUGGCAAGCAGCAGCACCAUCCAAGUCUGCACUCCGCGGCACCCCAAGCCUCUCCAUCCAGUCCACAGAACCUUAGCCACCGCUGCGAACCUAGCCAACCUGUUACCAACUGGCACGGUCCUCAGCUUCCGCGCCCUCACCCCAUCCUUCUCCAACCAAGGCCACUGCCAGCUCUCCAACAAGUACCUCACCGCGAUCCUCAUUGCAGUCUGCGCUGUCGCCUGUUUCCUGUCGUCCUUCACUGACAGCUUCGUCGACUCAGAGGGGAAAUUGUACUACGGAAUUGCCACAUUUAAGGGCCUCAACAUAUUUAACUACAAAAACAACAAUGAAGCUGAAAAUGAGUUGGACAUGCAGGACUUGAGGCAGUACAGACUCUGUUUCAUCGAUUUUGUUCAUGCGUUUAUGUCGUUGAUGGUGUUCUUGGUGUUCGCGUUGAGUGAUUCGGAUGUGCAGAGCUGCUAUUUUCCGGUGGGAGGGGAGAAUUUGAAUGCAUUGGUGAUGAAUUUGCCGCUGGGAACAGGGGUUUUGGCAAGCUUUUUGUUCAUGUUGUUUCCUACUACUAGGAGAGGAAUUGGAGUGGCUGAUUUGCCUUUGUUUUCGAGAUAAACAUAUUUCUCUUCGCUAAUUUUUUUUUUUUUUUGCAUCAAAGACAUGUUUUUCCUGUAGUUAAGCUUAUAAAUUUCGGUCGAUCGAGAAUCAAAUUAAAUUCAAGAUUUGAAAGGUUAUGUGAUAAAUUUUUUAUUA